UAUCCACCUACCUCAUACUCGUAUGUUUAUCAUAUCCCGUACCAGGGUCGUAGACUUCUGCACAGGCCACUUCUUUCUCCCAUUUAUCCCCGGGCGGAGAACCCUCGAACCUCGCCUGGCACCGAGUUUGCUCCGCUCCGUAGAUAAAUGCUCUGGCAUUGAGAUCUUGUUACGAGUACGCAAUCAUCAUUGCACAAGUAAACCUGUGCUCGACUUGAGGUUUGAGAAGGCUAUGAUAUAAAAUGUUUAAGUGCCACAAAGAAUAACUACAAUCUUCUAUUAUCAUCGUCACCAAUUCCAACUUUAUCGUCUUCAAGAGAACUACAAGGUACAUAUAUCAUUACCACCAGCGGAUUGCAUAAAGGAAUUCGGCUACACAAGAAUACUUCCUUUUGUAUUUCAAGAAGUCCGAAACACCACCAAUUCACCAUGGCUACCACAAUGAAUCCUUUAUCUACCCUCGCAAACGGUCAGCCAAGCGGAGACCCAGGUUCCGCUCAGGAACUUCGUUACGGCAAUACCAAUGGAGGGCUGGUCGCUUUGAGCGACGUGCAACUUGUAGAAGUCUUAGCACAUUUUGCACGCGAACGCAUUCCCGAACGGACUGUGCAUGCCAAAGCAGCCGGCGCUUUUGGAGAAUUCGAAGUGCUUGCAGAUAUCUCCGACUUGACUGAUGCGGAUUUCCUGACCGGUGUCGGGAAAAAGACCAAGCUCUUAACUCGAAUCUCGACUGUCGGCGGCGAGAAAGGUUCGAGCGAUACGGUUCGAGAUGUUCGUGGCUGGGCUACCAAGUUUUACACCGCGGAAGGCGUGCAUGACUUCGUCUUCAAUGACUUGCCAGUGUUCUUCAUUCGUGACCCAAUCAAAUUCCCCUCGAUGAACAGAAGUCACAAGAAGAAUCCUCGCACGAACACAGCUGAUGCUGCCAUGUUUUGGGAUUACCAUGUCAACAAUCCAGAAGGUAUCCAUGCUCUGAUGCACCUCUUCGGUCAGCGUGGUAUUCCAGCCUCCUUGAGAAACAUCAAUGGCUUUAGUGUGCAUACCUACAGUCUGAACCGAGCUGAUGGAAGUUAUGUCUACGUAAAAUGGCAUUAUAGGCCGGACGAGGGUAUCAAGACCAUGGACGGAGAUACGGCUCUCCGAUUAGCUGGGACGGAUCCAGACUAUCUUACCAAAGAUCUCUUCAACGCUAUUGAAAAGGGAGAUUUCCCGACAUGGUCAGUUUACAUCCAGGUAAUCAAGCCUGAGGAAGUUGAGAAUGCACCGGUCGACAUCUUCGACGAUACCUACACGUGGCCUUUCGAUAAGUAUCCCUUGCGUUUAGUUGGUCGCAUUACCCUAAACAAAAAUCCCGAUAAUUACUUCCAAGACAUCGAGCAAGCAUGCUUCUCCCCUUCAAAUAUGGUGCCUGGUAUAGGACCAUCUGCCGAUCCAGUCCUUCAAGCGAGAAUGUUCAGCUACCCUGACGCACAACGAUAUCGGGUUGGUCCCAACUACUUCCAACUUCCCCCAAACCGGCCUCACAAUGCUGUAUAUGCCCCCUACGUCCGCGACGGCCCUUCCACAAUGAAUGGCAAUUAUGGAGGAGACCCUGACUACAUCCGGUCCGAGCUGCGUCCCGUCAGACUCAGCAACCGCAGCCAGACUCCAAUGCCAGGGAAAUUGUCUGGACAUACGACAGCCUUUUCAACGUCUGUAACAGACAAGGACUUUGUUCAAGCUCGAGAAUUGUGGGAGAUCAUCUGCAAUGAACCAAAUGGCAAGAAGCAGUUCUUGCACAGUAUAAUUCCAACGAUCAAAGACUUACCGUCAACACUUCAGAAGCGAGUUAUCGAUUAUCUCGGCCGGGUCGAUCAAGGGUUGAAGGAAGCACUUCAGCAAGGCGUUUCAAGUCAGUAAAAGGCUUUCCAAGACUUGCUGGAGAAAUGGAAAAAAAGAAAAGACAUAAAAAAGCAUAUAUAUUCAAUGCUGGUUCUUGUAUUGGCACCGAAUCAACAAAUUGGUCCAUUGGAAUUUGCCUUUCUUGUCUGUAUUCACUUUAAUAAUCAAAUCCUUUAAUCUCAAUAAUCGGAC